AUGUCGACUGGUUUCCCACAGUUCCCCCUUUUUGUUUUAAUAAUUUGGCCAGUCUUGAAAACGAAACAGGUGGGAGUAGAGGAUCCGUGGUGCUGGAGCAAUGGAGCAGGUAUUCCUCUAAAGAGUCGCACAUCUAACCUCCUGCAGGAAGGCCUCUCAGCGCCCCCAGACAUCGUCUCCACCAACCCAAGCCGCGCAAGCCAAAGACUCUCCUUCCAAUGGGAACCAGCCGAAACACUCUCCUCCUCCUACCCUUUUCCCUUCGGCCCUGGGCCAGAGCCAGCCCCACAGGCCCCACUCUGCUCUCAGCUCUUCUACCACAUCCAGCGGCAAAACCUGACAUCCCUGACCUCCGUGUGGCUCAAGGACCCCAGAGCCUGCUCUUCCACAGAAUGCAGCGGCAUCUGUGGUGUCCAAGAGUUGGAGUCCAACUGGAACCCAACUCCAGCAUCUCCACAGGGACCUCAGACUGUGCUUCUCCACCGCCGAGUGGGGUCCUGUGGCUUCUUACAGCCCAUCUCCCGCCCAGCCGUCACAUGGAGUAUGAACAAACUUCCCUGGCAUCCACCUUACCCAAUGGCCCAAGCCCUGGGCCAGAUGUGGGGACCCUCCAUUUUUAAUCUGUUACCUUCCCCCUUCAGCUCAGCCAUCGGACUCUGGCAGUCUCUGCUUAGACGCUGCCACCUGGGGAGCUAAGACAAAAGCUCUCUGCAGACUCAGUCUUUGAAGAAAGCUGCCUAGAAGUUCACACUGGGAGACUAACAUGCCCACCACCUGGAGACCUUCUGAGUUGCUGGGGACUUUGGCGCCUGACCUCUUCUGCAGUGUUUAUGUUAUGCGACUAUCAUGUAACUUAGAGAUUCGGUUUCAGUUUCUCAUGUACAUAUACAC